CGGCGACAUGGGGGACCUACCUACCUCCAAUAUCCAAUGCCCGGCAAUGGCACAUUGUACGCUGCACGCUGAGAAGGCUCUCUCAAUUAAGUUGUAGUAUCGAUACACUAGAGAAGCAGACGACGGGCGGUUCGUUCUUGGUACAUUGCAACAUCGAUGUCAUGCACACCGUAAUCCGACGGAUGGCCGCUGCAGUGUCCUCGGCGACGUGGGAUUGGAUGGAAUCCUCUUGCGAAUUCCUUCAACUGGGCGGCCCUUCCCUCUACUUUCUUGACCUCCGUCAUCCCCUCUCCUUCCGUCGGUUCCACUCACCUCGCUGUUGUCCUCUUUUUCGUUCCUUCCGGUUUGGGACACUGCACGGUACUGUAUCCUAGUAUCACACGACACUCCGAGUCCAGUCGUUCAUUCCCCAGGUCACAAAGUACGAGACCGAGGUCUUCAGAACAUCAUCACAUCGAUCAGACUCGAGAAAAGCUUUGCUCUGCCAGUGAUUUCCGUUGGCCCACCAAGUACUGUACAGUAAACUGAACUGAAUAACUUCAACUUCAACCAGUUGACCAAUUCAAUCCGUCCCGAGUCACUUCUUCCAUCUCGUCGGUGUGUUGCUCGACGCGCUUAUGCCUACACCACGGUUCGACGUCGCUCGCCGUCAUUACCUCGGACCACCACCACAGUUUCCACAACUGAAUACCACAGAACAACCCUCGGCGGCGGCAAACUCGACGACAAACUACAUCUCACCCUCGCUCGUUUCAACCUUCAGCCGUGCGCACUUCCUACCUGAUACUAGACAACACACAGUUCGACAAGGAAAAUAAAUUGCUCUCACUUUGCCAUUGGCUCACGGCCUCAUCGUCGACUAUACGAAGCUCUGCUCACCUGCUACUCUGCUACCCGGAAUACGCGAGACUUUGUCAAACAUCAACGGUUUGGCUGGAACCUUUCGUUGUGCGGACUUUGCCCGGGGUCCUUAAUCAUCCGGCACAUGUUUAGCUCAAGGCUUCUCGCAUCCGACAGCCAUGGCAUCGCAGAGUAGCCGACCCAUGCGAUCAAGCCUGCAGGUAGCCCCUUUGACCAUACAAAAGGCCGACUCGGCAAGCGAACCAUAUAACAACAAUGGGUCCAACCGAGGCUCGACCCGCGCAUCUACCCGCCCUACCCAAUCCGAAAUGACAUCCCAAAGCGACACCUUUACCGACAGCCAUGUCAGCAAUCCUCCUCCCAUCUUUCACAACUUUCUCCAGGCUGUUUACCCCUUUCACCCCGAGUAUGUCAUGACGGACUCGGCCGUCACCCUGCCACUCAAGGAAAAGGACAUUGUCUUGGUGCAUUCAGUGCACACAAACGGCUGGGCUGAUGGCACUCUGUUGAAAGAUGGCUCUAGGGGAUGGCUUCCGACUAACUACUGUGUUCCCUACAACCCAGAAGAGAUGAGGAUACUUCUCGGAGCCCUGGUCAGUUUCUGGGAUCUCAUGCGAUGUGCAUGCAUAGACAGCCGGGAAUUGUUCAAUGGCAACAAGUUCAUGAAGGGCAUUGCUGGUGGUGUGCGAUAUCUGCUGGAGCACACUGGGUGUCUGCAAAAAGACUCCUCAAUCCUGCAACGACACGUUGAGCUCAGGGAGAGCCGAAGGACAAUCAAUGACGAACUUAGAGCGCUGGCCCAGACGGGCAGGAGAUUGGACAGAAAGCUGAAAGCUUCCCACAGGGUGCUUCGCGCAACAGAACAUCAGAUCAAUGAACUGGUGGACAACCUGAUUCUCCGAGCUUUCAAAAUUGCGCUCAGGGCAGCCGAAUUCUUUGACAUGAUUCAGAACGACAAGUCCCUUCGACUGACAUCAGUAAUGAUCAUGGAGACCGUUAUGGAAGAGGAAGACCCAACACCAAACACCAACCCUGUGGUUCUGGCCAGAUCCAGCGACGCCAUUGAUGCACGCUCCCGUGCCGACAGCAACGGAAGCGCAACCGGGCCGACGUCAUCAGAAACAAGCAAGGCCCCCACAGACGGCCGUUUGUCUCCCGCCUACCAACCGAGUACAAAUACUAACCGGUUGUCUCGUGGGACUUCUCCUGAAAUUGCCAACCGUCUCUCAUCUGCAACCAUUUGCCAUCGCGUCAGUCUGGCUGGCUCUUCGCCGCUCUCACAGGCCCACAAGCUCGUCUCCGAACGUCUCACCAAAAGCCAAGAUAUCCUUGUAUCUCACCUUGCUUGCUUGAUGGGUCGUCUGCAAUUGGAAUGUGUAUCCCGUCCUCAGCUAGCUCUCGGUGUCAAGCAAGCCAUUACAACUGGAGGGGAUUUGCUGCUGGUGAUUGACGUUGUCUCGGCGCGAAACUCUCUCAGCAUCGAGACAUUGGCUCCACUUCGUGCCGUCAUGUACGAUCGCAUCGAAAACCUUUACCAAACAGCACGCGAAGUUCUCACCCAGAACAUGGAAGAUGCCAUCGUUCCCAAGGAAGGUCGCCGCUUGCACGUUGCCGCUGUGGGCUGUGUCAAACUCAGCGGGACAUGCUACGACAAGACGAAGUGGGUUAUUGGACAGAUUGGCGAUUUCGAGUUCGAGUUCGAGGACAACAGUCUCGAUUUGGGCUUUGAUUUUUCUGCUUUCGACGCUGUUCUGGAUGCGAAGGAUACUCGUGCUGCGGAUUCGGUCAGCGUUGCCGAUUCUAGCAGAUCGGAGGCGUUGACUAUGUCGACAACCGUCACAACCGCCUCUACGCCCGCUCCAAGGCCAGCAAGUCUGGAGCUCAACAAACCACUCCCUGAUAUUCCGCUUGUUUCGACUCCAGUUGUGGAAACGUCACAGGAGGCCAUUGAAGACUCGGCACCUACUGAGAACACCUCAUCAGUGUCUUCUCCCCGUCCGUCGCUACCUUCUCUUCCCAAGCUCUCUACCGAGAUCCCGCCUGCACAUGACUACAGCCCUACCGAGACAUCGGCCGCCCAAGAUGGCGAGUUCCAUACUUUCAGGGCCGAGAGCAUGACUGCCUCGAGUUCCGCAUCGGCUACUACCUAUAUCAGCCGGACAUCGGAGUCAAGCAUGGUCUCACAGACAUCCACUCGGGCCACAACACCGGAUCUCACCCAUGCUCCCGGAAAUCACCAUCCUUCGGCAUCUAACGUGAGCCUGUCCGACAGUACAACACUUAGUGAAGAUAGCGACGAUGCCGAGUUUAAGCUACUCGAGAAGACGUAUGCUCAUGAGCUGAUUUUCAACAAGGAAGGCCAAGUGACUGGAGGUUCCCUUCCGGCGCUGGUUGAACGUCUCACUACUCAUGAGUCGACUCCUGAUGCCAUGUUUGUGUCCACAUUCUACCUCACCUUCCGCUUGUUCUGCACGCCGCUCAAGUUUGCUGAGGCCCUAAUUGACCGCUUCAACUACGUCGGAGAGGCUCCGCAUGUUGCUGCCCCUGUCAAGCUUAGGACGUACAAUGUUUUCAAGAGCUGGAUGGAAUCGCAUUGGCAGGAAGAAACUGACGCGGAAGCAUUGCCCGUGAUCAAGGAUUUUGCCGAGUCCAAACUCACAGAGCUUUUGCCUUCUGCUGGAAAGCGACUGCUUGACCUCGCCGAGAAGGUGGCUAACAGCGGCGGUACUCUUGUGCCCCGUUUGGUUGCCUCCAUCUCCAAGACGGGCACUUCUGGCUCUCAAUUCCUGUCCGCCGAGACGCCUCUCCCUUCGCCCAAUCUCUCAAGGGGUCAAGUGCACGCACUCACCAACUGGAAGGCUGGUGGCGUCUCCCCAUCCAUCAUGGAUUUUGACCCGCUUGAGAUCGCUCGCCAAAUCACCAUCAAGCAGAUCGGUCUCUUCUGCUCCAUCACUCCUAAGGAGCUUCUCGGCUCCAAGUGGACCAAGAACAAGGGAGUUGGCGCACCCAACGUCAAGGCCAUGUCGACUUUCACCACCGGACUGUCCAACCUCGUGGUGGACACUAUCCUCCAAUUCGAUGAGAUCAAGAAGCGAGCCGCCAUCAUCAAGCACUGGAUCAAGAUCGGCAGCCAGUUUCUUGCCCUGAACAACUACGACGGUCUGAUGGCCGUCACAUGCGCCUUGAACGACUCCAGCAUCAAGCGCCUGCGGAUGACGUGGGACACCAUCAGCUCGAGGCGCAAGGAGACGCUCAAGUCUCUGCAGGCCAUUGUCGAGAUCGGCCAAAACCACAAGGCCCUCCGCGCUCGGCUCGCCGAGCAGGUCCCUCCCUGCCUUCCGUACGUCGGCAUGUUCCUGACCGAUCUCACCUUCAUUGAUGCGGGUAAUCCCGCCAAAAAGACGACUGACACGGGCCUGACGGUGGUCAACUUCGACAAGCACAUGAAGACAGCCAAGUGCAUCGGUGAGCUGCAGCGGUUCCAGAUGCCCUACCGCCUCACCGAAGUUCCGGACUUCCAAGAAUGGAUCGUCUCGCAGAUUGAGAGGGCGCGGGAGAUUGAGAAGACCGGAAGGACGCCUGCUCAGGUGUUGCACUACCGUCAGAGUCUGCUGCUGGAGCCGAAGGAGCAAUUGCAGUCUCCGGUGGAGGGCCCAUCCUCGGGUUCCAACAUGUUUUCGUGGAUCAGGCACAACCAUUCUACGCAUGGCUUGCCUACCUCUGCUCAAGUCUAGUGCACUUUAUAUGAACAAUGUCCAUCAUCGGCGUCGGACGCCAGUAAUACACAGCCACACCUGUGCUGUAUACCAGUUUCGUGAGGUGGUGUCAUUAUCUUUGGCGACCACCUCGAACUUUGUUAUUUUUUUAUCUUGAUACCCAUCUGUUUCUUUUAUUUGUUUACGGCGUUAUGGCAUAUGAGUCGUACCUGCGCAAUGUUGACCAUCCUGUCCUUAUCGAGGUUAGGGAUCACAGCUACACAUCAGCACAAGCCCACCGUGGCUCAUUAUCUUCAUUGUCGCUUUAUAGCAGCUUCGCCUGAACAUGGGCCUUCGAUGCUGCUUUUCACUUUGUUCUUCAUCUGGGUUGCUUUCAGGAUCAUUGGCGCCUUACUGGGGUUGGAUUGGAUUGGUCUUUUGCUCACUUUCUUUUUUUGGUUUGAAGUGGAAAAUAGUGACAAGGCAUUACGGAUCAACAGGACAAAAGGAGUUUGGGCGGUUUUCAGAUCUAUUCUAUCAGGUUCGCUGGGGAUAAACGCUCUGCUCAGUGCAAGCGGCUAGCUGGGAUGCAUUAGGUGUCGAUGACAGGAGGAAGCAUGGAGACAGGAAAGGGAUUUCCACAAUGUACGGAGUUGUGAAGUCAUGAUGUUAUGAGACGCAGCCCUUUGGGCCAAGUAAUGGAGAGAGGCAAUACCCUGUUGAGGUGUAUAAACAUGUCAAGAUAGUGCCAGCAGCCUGUGAGGCCGAUGAGCGUGCAGCAGAGCAAGUCAAGAUGCCAUUACCACCUAUCUGUAUGUGUC